AUGGCAGCUCAUGAACAGGCGAGGCAGCGCUCACUCUCCACCUCUGGUGAAUCACUCUACAUUGUGCUUGGCAUUGACAAGCUAGCCACUCCCGACGAUAUCAAGAAAUCCUACAGAAAACUUGCGUUGAAAUUCCACCCUGAUAAGAACCCAGAUAACCCAGAAGCUUCUGACAAGUUUAAGGAGAUCAACAAUGCCCAUGCCAUUCUGAACGACCCCACCAAGCGGAACAUCUAUGACAAGUACGGCUCCCUGGGACUGUACGUGGCUGAGCAGUUUGGCGAGGAGAAUGUGAACACCUACUUUGUUCUGUCCAGCUGGUGGGCUAAGGCGUUGUUUGUGUUCUGUGGCCUAGCCACUGGCUGCUACUUCUGCUGUUGUCUGUGUUGUUGCUGUAACUGCUGCUGUGGGAAGUGUAAACCACGGCCCCCAGAGGGCCAGGAGCCCGACUUCUAUGUGUCCCCUGAGGACCUGGAGGCCCAGAUGCAGUCUGACGAGAGAGAGGGUGGCGGUGAAGCCAUCUUGGUGCAGCCAUCAGCGACAGAGACCACCCAGCUGACGUCAGAUGGUCACCAUUCUUCCUACCAGACCGACAUGGGCUUCAACUAA